UCAAGUCCUUGCCUUGCCCAAAAUGGGCUUAAGGCGCUGCGUGCAUGAUGUUCUGCGGAUGCGUGGUGAGGAGUAGCAGCCGCGAGCACGAGGAACUGCCGCAGGCCGUGACUGAGUUGGGGGAGAUCCCAGCCUCAGCGUCCGGCGGAUUCGUUUCCUGCUCCUGCGGCUCCACGCGAGUUGCCUUGAAGGGGCUCCCUGCGAAGACGGUCCUCUGCCACUGCGAAGAUUGUCGCAGAUGGACCGGCAGCGUUGGCCAGCUGGCAGCCUGGUAUCCCCGCGCUCAGGUACGGGUCAGCGCGGACUUGGUGGAAUUCUCCAAGGGAUCCUCCAGGAUUCGCAAAUGCUGCCCGAAGUGCUUCACGCCUUUGCUGACUGAGCUCGUACCGGCUGACUUGAUGGAGACACGCAUUCCGACGUUGACGCCCGUGCUAGAUGCACAUUUCUUCUGCCUCAAGCCGAUGCUGCAGUUUAGAGAUCAGGUGCCCAAAUUUGCUGACCUCCCCAAAGCACUGGGCGGAUCUGGCUUGAUCGCCUCCGAGCUUUCGGUGCAAGCCACAGCCGAGCGGGUUUUCACCGGCCAGUGCUUGUGCACGUCUGUUCAGAUUGUGGUAUCCGAGCCUGAGCACUCCGUAUUCCUGUGUCACUGUCGGCAAUGCCAAAGCUGGACUGGAAGUUUGGGGAGCUACGCUGUGCUCUUCCACGAAAAAGACGUGCAAAUCAUUGGCUCUCUGGUGGAGGUUGAGGGAAAGAUGGCGUGUGCAACGUGUUUCAGUCGCAUCUCCAGCAAGGACCAUGCGGGCACUGGGUUGAUUGCUCUCUGUGGUGGGGUUUUGAACUCACCACCUGCUGUACAAAUGCAUUUGCACUACGGGCAGCGCGUCCUGUCCGUGAAGGACCGAGUGGCCAAGUUCAACGACGCUCCGGUUGAACAAGGCGGUUCUGGCACACUCCUGGGGAAGGACGAUGCGGACCCAUACAUGAUCACCAUCACGCGGACCGGGCGGCAAUCUUUGGGCCUGGAGUUGUGGUGCUCGGCCAGGAUGUGUCGUGUGCUUCGGGUUUGGCCCGGAUCUUUGGUCAGCGACUGGAACCAGAUCUGCUCAGAGGACUGCAUCGUGCAGAACUUCGACCGCCUCAUCUCCAUCAACGGGAAGUCUGCCGCCAGCGCGGAGGACAUUGCGCAAUUGGAUGCCACUGUUGGCACCUUUGUCUUGGUCUUCGCCAGGCACACCCCUUGUGAGUGAGUCGAGGCUUCCG